CUGGUUGCAGUUAUUGGAUAGUUUAGCAGAAAAGGUGUGACAGAAUUCAGCAGGGGAAUUUGGGAGACUAAGACACUGCACUGCUGGGACAUGACAUCUUUAAAGGACCUGUUGUUCUGUCAUGUAGCCACAGCUUCUGUAAAGAUGAUCUACAGAGAUGAUAGAGAGAAAGAGUAUUAACCUUUACUGAGUGACUGACUUCAUAACCUCACAACAUGUGUGAUUAAUUCCAUGUCAUACCACUUAAACAUGGAUCAUAUAUAAAAGGUGAAAACAAGCAUACCAUUAAGAACUAGUUUUACAGCUCUGCGCACUGUUUAUCAUUCAACAAUGUCCAUGAAGCAGCUUUGGCAUGAAACUCACCACUGGUGUAUUCAGAGACAUAACCUGUCAAAGCUCCACCUCUCACCUGACCACUCUGACACAAACCAGGAAAUACCAGUUUAUAUUCGUCCUCAGUACCGAGAGACACAUUCACUACUGAGAGACACAUUUCAAUAAGAUUCACCUUCAGACCAAACUAACAGCUUCCACAGAGAGAGGACAGCUACAGGAAGGAAAACAGGAACACUGCAACUUUAACCUGCAACAAUUCAACACACUGACUCUUCAGUCAGAGAGAAAAUGUCUUCCAGGUCAGAGGAGGAUCUCUCCUGUCCUGUCUGCCAUGACAUCUUUAAAGAACCUGUUCUCCUGUCAUGUAGCCACAGCUUCUGUAAAGACUGUCUGCAGAGCUGGUGGAAAGAGAAACUAAUACAUGAGUGUCCAGUUUGUAAGAGAAAAUCAUCAAAGAGUGAUCCACCUAUUUGUUUGCCAUUGAAGAACCUGUGUGAGACCUUCUUACUGGAGAGAGAUCAGAGAACUUCAGCAGGGUCUGAGCCUCUCUGCAGUCUGCACUCUGAGAAACUGAAGCUCUUCUGUCUGGACCAUCAGCAGCCAGUGUGUGUCAUCUGCAGAGAUUCAAAAACACACAACAACCACAGAUUCAGACCCAUCGAUGAAGCAGCACAGGAUCACAAAGAGGAGCUUCAGAAAUCCCUGAAGCCUUUACAAGAGAAACUGAAGCUGUUUGAACAAGUUAAAGGAAACUGUGAUCAAACAGCAAAACACAUUAAGGUCCAGGUCCGACACAUAGAGAGGCAGAUUAAGGAGCAGUUUAAGAAGCUUCACCAGUUUCUACAAGAGGAAGAGGAGGCCAGGAUCACUGCUCUGAGGGAGGAAGAGGAGCUGAAGAGUCAGAUGAUGAAGGAGAAGAUUGAGGCUCUGAGCAGAGAGAUAGCAGCUCUUUCACACACAAUCAGAGCCACAGAGGAGGAGCUGAGAGCUGAAGACGUCUCAUUCCUGCUCAACUACAAGGCUGCAGUGAAAAGAGUCCAGCAGCGCCCCCUGAUGGAGGAUCCACAGCUGGUCUCAGGAGCUCUGAUAGAUGUGGCCAAACACCUGGGCAACCUGACCUUCAACAUCUGGAACAAGAUGAAGGAGAUGGUCUCCUACACUCCUGUGAUUCUGGAUCCAAACUCUGCUCAUCCAAGACUCAUUCUGUCUGAAGAUCUGACCAGUGUGAGUUAUGGAGAGAAACAGAAGCUUCCUGACAAUCCAGAGAGAUUUGACAACUAUGCCAUUGUCCUGGGCUCUGAGGGCUUUAACUCAGGGACUCACAGCUGGGAUGUUGAGGUUGGAGACAGUGCAGUCUGGAUUCUGGGUGUGGUAGCAGAGUCUGGUGAGAGGAAGGGGCAUAUGGCGGCACUGGCUCAAUCGUGGAGAAUAGGGUUAAAUCAGGGUAAAUACACAGCGUACUCUCCACCAGAUCCCAUCACUUUUCUCUCAGUGAAGAAGCUCCAAAGAAUCAGAGUUCAUCUGGACUGGAACAGAGGAAAACUGUCAUUCACUGAUCGUGAUACUAACACACACAUACACACCUUCACACACACUUUCACUGAGAGACUGUUUCCAUACAUCUCCACAAACAGAGAAAUUCCACAUAAGAUAUUACCAGUGAACAUUUCUGUUACAACAGAGCAGCUCAAUUAAAGAUGAAGAACAUGAUGAUAUAAUACACAA